CCCACCUGUUGCAAUUGUUAUUUCACAGCCGGCAGCAUGUUUUUCUAUGCCAACUUCGACCGUGACACCCUCCUGGUGACCCUCUGCACCUGGCUGGUUUUGUUCCUCACCUACAAACUGUACCUCAAGCCGCUCUACCUGUCUGCACUCACACUGAUGCCCAGUCCCAAGUACAAUCCCAUUGUUGGUCAGAUGUGGGAGAUCAUCCGUGAAGAGGCCGUCAUCCCAAGUCUCAGAAGAGCGCGGCAGCUUGGGCCCAUCUCCAGGUAUUUCGUGACGUUUGGAGAGGAGCGAGUUCUGGUGGCUGAACCCGACGCCCUGAAACACAUCCUGGUCACCAACCACGCCAACUAUGUACGGCCGGCGUUCAUUAAAAGGGCAUUUUCUGCUCUUGCAGAGAAGGGCCUCCUGGCAGUGAGUGGUGCUGAGCAUGCCAUGCAGAGGAAAAUUCUCAACCCUGCCUUUAAACGGGAAAAUCUAAAAGGAAUGGUGAAAACAUUUCAGGAGUGGACGGAGGUGCUGGUGCAAUACUGGAAAGACCAGCUAGAGGGAGCCGCUACCACAGACGGGUUUGUGGAGCUCCCAGUUCAAGAUGACUUGGGCAGACUGACCCUGGACAUCAUCGGCAAAUGUGCCUUUAGUUAUGUGUUCAACUCCAUCAGAGAACCAGACAAGCUGGUGAGCCAGAGUGUCACCAAACUGUUACGGGGAGAGGGAGCAGGUUGGAUGAUGCUGCUCCCCGGAGGUAUGAGGGCAGCCAUCGGGGCGUCACGAGAUUUCCUCAAGCGACGGGCUCUGUGUGAUAAGAUAGUGGACGAUGUCAUCGCAGAAAGGAAGCGUCUACAGGAAAACCCAGAACAAGCUGAUGACCAGAUUCCGAACGACCUGCUGAGCCUUGUGAUGCAGGCGCGGGACAGGGACACGGGGGAGGGGGAGGGGCUUCCCGAGGAGGUCAUCAGGCACGAGGUCAUGACCUUCAUGGUCGCUGGACAGGAGACGACCAGUACCGGCCUGUCAUGGCUGUUCCUGGAGCUGUCACGUCACCCCGAGGUGCAGGACCGCCUCAGGUCAGAGGUCAGGGCUGUGUUGCCGGGCAACGACACGCCCAUGACCUGGGACCUGCUGGACCAGAUCCCCUACCUCAUGUGGGUCGUCAAGGAAACUCUCAGGCUUCACCCGCCGGCCCCUAACACGUUUAGACAGGCACUGAACGAUGACUGGCUGGGACAGUACCCCAUCCCUGCAGGCACCGUGGUCAACAUCUGCCCAGCUGCAUUGCACAGGUUGUCCCAUUACUGGGAGGAUCCCGACACCUUCAACCCCGAGCGUUUUGCCAGCGAUGCCGGCCGGAACCCGUACACGUUCCUCCCCUUCAUCGCCGGCCCACGAACCUGCAUCGGGAGCAAGUUUGCCAUGGCGGAGAUGCGAGCCGUCACGGCCUCGCUGGUUCGACAGUUCCAGUUCGAUCCGGUUCCGGGUGUAGAGUACAAGAAUAAGCAAAGGGUCACGAUGAGACCCGACCCUCUGCUGCGUCUAAGGGUCAGCAAGGCUCCUGCCUGA